UCUUAAAGGGUAAAACACGAGAGCUAGGGUUUGUGCAGCGCACCGUCUUCUUCGAGCGGCAGCUAUGGCGCUGCUUCCCAGGGCAGCUCGAAUGGCGGUGUCCAGCACCGCGGCGAGGUCAAAUCUUCUCAAGAGCAGCUUGCCGGCGAUCAGCAGGGCGGAUUAUGCCACAUCCAGCAGCAGCGGGGAAUCCUCCGGCCUGGCGAAUUUCGUCAUCUCCAAGCUCGAUUCCGUGAUCAAUUAUGUGCGAGCGGGAUCGAUCUGGCCCAUGACUUUCGGCCUGGCGUGCUGCGCCGUGGAGAUGAUGCACACUGGAGCCGCGCGCUACGACUUGGAUAGGUUUGGAAUGAUCUUCCGUCCCAGCCCCAGGCAGUCGGAUUGCAUGAUCGUGGCUGGGACUCUCACCAACAAGAUGGCUCCAGCUCUUCGCAGGGUCUACGAUCAAAUGCCCGAGCCGCGCUGGGUGGUCUCGAUGGGAAGCUGUGCGAAUGGCGGUGGCUACUACCAUUACUCGUACGCUGUGGUUCGCGGUUGUGACCGGAUUGUCCCAGUGGAUAUCUACGUCCCCGGGUGUCCGCCCACCGCCGAGGCGCUUCUCUACGGUCUCCUCCAGCUCCAGAAGAAGAUCAAGCGCCGCAAGCAGAUCGCCCUCUGGUGGGCCGAGUAAGUUUGCGGUAUGGACUUUUGUGAUUCUCUUUUUGUUGUAGUAGUAUAUUGUCUACGUAUCAUGCCUGGCUUGUCUGGAAAAGAAAUGUUUGCCUGGUAAAUAAAUGCCUUUUCAUUGACA